AUGCGGCGAAUGGCGAGUCACACUGAGAGCCUUGGAUGGAGGACCGAUGGAUCGCGGGCGGUCGAGGCACAGAGCCUCGAGUGCUAUUGCCGGAGCUGCUACGGCGCCUAUAGGCCUAUGGGCCACGGCAUGCAUGCAGGAUCCAUCCGCCAGCUAAUGCCUCACGGUGGGCAUCGUGAAUCCCUGGCGGAUGCGCCUUCGUGGGGGAAUCAGCUCACAGAGCGCGCUCGCCCAGCCGAGAGUGGAGGGCUGGCAACGAUGCCCGUCGCUCAAAGAAGAAAUGACAAGCCAGCAGUCUCGCGAAUAGCCGCGGCUUGCGCAAAGGUACAGAUGGGUCAGCUACGCGAAAGAAGGCUGUCGAGUCGGCAAAGUGCUGCUUGGAGGAAUCCCGACAAUGAUACGAGCACUGCAGACGUUACGCAAAGACCUAAUCUACCCUUAUAUCUCAUACCUCUUGCAAGAUAUCUACAGAAUACGCAGUGGUUCCUGCUGCCCUUUUCCUCAACUCUUCAUGCUGCUACCACCGGCUCGCAAACAAAAGAGGACCCAAUGCCCACAAACAAGAGAAUCACCUUUCUCUCGCUUCCUUGUUGUCUGUUGGACACUGCAACCUUGAAAGCCUUGCCUGACAAUGCGACGCGACCGGGGCGGGGAACUGCUGCGCUGCAUCUAGUUCUUGAAGAGGACCUUCAGAAAACAGCAACUGGCCACUCACAGACACGAUCGGUCGCAGAGUGGAUGCAGCAUGCAUAG